AUGGAAGGUGUAUCAAAGUUAUUCAGAAAGUCCGCGAAGAGAGCAAAACCAUCUUCAGCUCUUCCUGAGGGAUUAUGCCGUCAAUUUUCACUGGCUGAGAUCAAGAUUGCUACCAAUAACUUCAAUGAUGAAUUACUAGUUGGUGAGGGGGGUUUUGGUAGAGUAUAUAAGGGGUUUAUUGAUGACUGUAACAAAACCGUUGCAAUAAAGCGGUUGAAACUCAAGCCGGGACAGGGUCUUGUUUUCGAGGAUUUAAGGACCAAGGUGGUGUUGCUUUGCCAGCUACGCCACCCCAACCUCGUCCCUCUCAUUGGAUAUUGUAUUGAUGAAGGCGAGAAUAUCCUAGUCUACGAGUUUAUAGUCAACGGAAACCUCUUCAGAAAACUCUACUACACGGACCACGAUGAACAUGAUCGCCUCUCGUGGAAACAAAGACUCCGGAUUUGCAUUGGGGUGGUGCGUGCACUGCACUACCUUCACACUGGGGUCAAGCAUACUAUUAUCCACGGUGACAUGAAGCCGGCCAACAUUCUGUUGAACAAGAAAUGGGAGGCCAAGUUGUCAGAUUUCUCCAGGUUUGUCAGUGAUUCUACGAUGCUCGAUACUUUGGGAUACGUGGAUCCCGAAUGUCGCAUUACCAGUGGGCUGACCGAUAAAUCUGACGUCUACUCUUUUGGUGUCGUACUGUUUAAAGUAGUACUCGGCAAAAUGCAUCAGUGGCGUCUGAUUAGCUUGGCCCAAAAAGGGGAACGAGAAUGGAGCUUCAAUAAGAAAAUUGAUCCUUAUCUGAAGGGGAAGAUAGCUCCAGAGUGUUUUAAGGUAUACAUGGACAUUGCAACUUCUUGUGUGCAAAAUGAGGGAAAGGAUCGUCCCACGAUGAAUGAAGUGGAGGUAGGCCUUGAGCAUGCACUGGAACUGCAGGAGAGUGCAGAUGCUGCGAGCAAGGAUGGUGAAUAUUACUGUCCCAUUGAUGAAUAUACCUGUAAUGAUUUUUGGGGGUUCGCUUCUCCAGCCAUUGUUGAAUAUACCUCUAGUUCUUCUCUGCCUGAACUUGAGGAAUUCCUUUCGGAUUCAGAUAGCUUGAGGGAAUACAUUUGA